UGACAGCUGUAUAGCUUCAAUACUUCGUCGUGGUCACGUGACAUUGCCAGAGUUGAUAACAACUGAGUUAUGGAGGAGCCGAGUGCCGAAGAAGCCAUUGCGUUUGAGGCGAAACAGAUAGUCAAAGAGCUGUCGUUUGGUGUAGAGUCUAUAGAAAUUUCGACGCUUUUGCCAAGUAACAAAGAGGUGACCUACCUGAACUUGCUAACAAAGGAGAAAGAGGCCUAUUGCGUAGAACUCUCGACUAGUGGCUACAGGGUUGUUGGUAAGGCGUUUGAUAUCAAUGAAAUUAGUCAUAACGUGUCCGAAUAUUUUGAAUCUGUGUACGCCUUGAUGGAUCGUCUCAGCCCGGUUUACAGAGAAAGCUUUGGAAAUGCACUCGCACACAAGCUGGAGGAAGUGAAACGACAACAAGAUGCUACAGACUGUUGUGAAGAAGGUGCAGCAUCUGAAUCAGAUUGAUAUCUAUGUACAUGAAGACUAGUUUUGAUAUAGAAAUCUGCCAAUAUGCUUUUAUCAGUUGUUGUCACAAACCACAUAAUUUUACCUUUUAUUUGUGUAUGUUUCAUACAAAUUGAUGUGGACACUUAUGGAAAGUAGAGCUCUUAGUAGUAGGCAUUUAGUGAGACACGUAUAACACCUUGCCUUACCAAGUUACCGAGAUAAC